CAGCUGGGAUAUAAAGCAAAUAAAAUGUAAUUAAUAUAAAAAAUUAAAAUUUAAUUAAAAAAAAAGACUGCAGGAUAGAGUUUAGAAAGGUAUACUUCUGCUUUUCCUGAGGCAGACUCUUAUCUUCACAUUCAGUAUGCAGUCCCUUUAUGUUGACCAGGAUGAAGAGACGUCAACACUUUUGUCUGUUAAAGGAAAUGUUUGAUUAGUAAUGUUUUUGAAAACCAACUGUCCCUCCGCUGAUGUCUCCUUCCUGUUCCUUCGCUGUGCUGCUGUGCCACAUCAGUGUCUGUGUAGCAGUUCUUUCUAAACCUUGAAAAAGAGAAAAGACCCCUUGUUCUUUUAUUGAUGUGUCUAAGUGGUUUGUCCAUGUGAGCAAAUUGGACAUAUCAUAAGAUAGAAGUUAUUAGGAAGCAAACUAGCAACUUCUCAAAAAAUACAGCUUUUGAAAGUCUUUAGAUUGGAAAAUAGGGAAAAGAUGAUUUCACUAAAAUAAUUUGUUUCCUUUCAUUAGUUGUCCUUGUUAGGCUUAACAUCCAGUUGCCCAAGAUGGUAACUUCACUUCUCAUACAAAGGCACCAUUCCGUUAAUUACUAAGUAUUACAUCCUUACUAACAUAGCCAUUGUUGUGCUGUAGUACAUCUAGUGAUGCAGAGACAAGCAAGGCAAGUAUAGCCCCUGCCCUUGCAGAGCUUAGCCCCCUCCCCCACACACUCAGUGCUGGAAUCCAUUUAUAGUGAAUGAGGUGAAGCAGGACUCAAAAGACAAAAGGAUGAAACUGUGUGUAGGAUUAACGUUUGCAUCAGUCCUGAAAACCUCGUAAAUUCCAGGCUGAACUGUCCCUCAAACAACGGGCGGUGUCUGAAUAGGUCAGUUACUGAAGUUUUUUAAAAAUUAGUGUAUUCUUAUUGAAAAUAAUAUUCUUCCCUUAUACCAUACAUCCCAACCACAAUUUGCUCUUCCUCCACACCUCUCAAUCCCCCACCUCCCCUUCCCCCAGAUCCACUCUCCCUCUUUUUCCACUUCAGAAAAGAACAGCCUCCAAGAGAAAACAGCAAGACAAGAUUCAAUAAGACAAGGCAAAAGCCCUCAUAUCAAGGAUGGACAAGGCAACCCAAUAGAAAGAAAAGAGUUGUAAGAGCAGAAAAAAGAGUCAAGAGAUACACCCAUUCCAUUGUUAGGAGUCCCACAAAAACAACAAGCUAACAGCUGUGACAUACAUGAAGGACCUGGUAUAGACCCAUGUAGGCCCUGUGCCUCUGAGAGUGAUUUUGUUUAAAUUUUUUUCAGCAUUCAGCCUUUGGCUGUGUAGAUGGAUAGUAAUUGAUUAACUGGCUUAUGUUAGCUUUGUGGGGACAGUGUGCAACCUAAAUCAGUUGCAAACCACUGGAAAACAACUGUAUUUUUUCCUUGAGGAGCAGCCUAGUAGCUGAGUCCAGUGGUUUUUCUGCCAUCACACCUUGCUUUAUGUGAUAGAUUAUAUGUGAUGGCUAUGUUUUGCCCAGCACAUAACAGGGAUAUUCACUCAAAUAAGCUAUGGGAACUAUUUUGACUGCUGUUUUUCUUUUGUAGCUUUUGACUUUGUUUGGGAUUGGAAUAGAGGAUUGUGUAUCUUUUAUUGUACCAAUACACAGAAGCCAGAACAGAAAACGAAGGGAAGUGAGCAGUGUGAAUAUCUCUGGGUAAUAGUGGAACAUGAACAAGUCUAGGUGGUGCAAUACCAAUCCCAGUCACCAAGAUACCCAGAAGUCCAGGUAACCAGCAAACCAGCAAAUGUAUCACGCAGUCCUCUAAUUGCCUCCUCCAGGCCACUGCCUUCUCCCUCUGGGCAUCAGAACAUAGUUAUACCCUUCAAAGUCCUCAGAAUUCAACUAACUCCAGCUUGGCAAAAACUAUACCCCUUCUUGAGGCAGUUAUUAGCUGUGGACAAAUUAAAAUCCCACAAUUGGGGGGGCGUGUUUCCAGGUGCCUCGAGCAGCUGGAGGCCAGAGGGCCGGCCUUACCACUGCCGACAUGGGUAGUCUGUAUCAGGUCCCAUUCUUAGUGCUCGAAUGCCCCAUCUUGAAGCUGAAGAAGCCGCCUUGGGUGCACAUGCCAUCGGCCAUGAUGGUGUACACCUUGGUGGUAAUAAUCUAUGUUAUCGUUGAACCUCCAAGUGUUGGCUCAAUGACGGAUGAACAUGGGCAUCAGAGACCGGUAGCUUUCUUGGCUUACAGAGUAAAUGGACAGUAUAUUAUGGAAGGACUUGUAUCUAGCUUUUUAUUUACAAUGGGAGGCUUAGGUUUCAUAAUCCUGGACCAAUCCAAUGAACAAAAUAUUCCAAAACUCACUAGCUUUCUUCUUUUCACUGGCUUCGUCUGUGUCCUACUGAGUUUCUUCAUGGCUAGAGUAUUCAUGAGAAUGAAAUUACCAGGUUACCUGAUGGGCUAGUGUGUCUUGAGGAGAAAUCAGUGGAUCCUGGUCUGUUCCCAUUAAUAAAGCUUUGAAGGCUGAACCACUCCCGUGUGCAGUGUGGAAAAGAAUGAAAAGCAGCAUAAAAGCAGCGUUGAGUAACACCCUAGCCAGCAUAUUUUUAAUAUGCUAGGACUGGAAUUCAUGGUAUUAGAGACACGUUCGUUACAGUAUUUUUCCUGUUCCAAUCUACCAGCUAUGUCAAGUGGCAUUUUCUUCUUAGUUUUUUAAACUUAAAGAAAACAUACUCCACUUCUAAAACUUUGGUAUUGAGUAAAGUGAUUAUUUUUUACAGUCCUCUCAUCAUUUUUUGGACAUCAUAGUUCUGAUUUUCAGAAGUUAAUAUUAAUGCAAAUCGGGAAGUAUAUUUUGAGAGCUGAAAUAUUUGGACGACUGGCCAGUCCCUGCAGUGGUGCUUUAUCUUUAAAUGGUGUGUGUGGUACUCUGCAACUUCAGACACAUAUAGGAGAGUGUUUCCUCUACAAUAUGAUAUAUGAAAGGAGCAGAAAUAAAUGAUUUUUCUAAGUAAAAAAAAAAAAAUCCCACACUUGGGACUAUAACAAAAACAUGUUAACAUAACAUAACUCAGUUCAUAAAGAAACCAAAACUUCCAUUACAAAUGAUUGUAU